GUUUAUGCCUACUUCCUAGCUCUGGUUUUGGAGCCCAUGGAGGAGAUUCCCCCCGUGGUUCCAUAUUCACGAUGGUAUGAUGGUCGGUUUCAGCAUCGGAGCUACGAGAACAUAACCUUCGCCUUCUUCUGUCAAUACUUCGACACAACAGAUAGCCUACCGGUUGAUGCAAUCAUCCAGUUCAUAGUGGGCCUAGACUCUGACUUCUUCAAAGCAGAGGGCGACUACGCGACAUUCAUCCAGACUUAUCUUAUGCCUCCUCUGACCGGCGUUCGUGCAAACGAGAGAGCAGGAGCUCCUGUGGUGAGUGAGGCGACUCGAGCGACCAGGGCCCAUACUAGAGGGGCCCCUCUUGUUGGGCAGAUGACCGGUUGGCUGGAGAUUCCCACUGCACUCAUAUGUUAGCGGCCGACUGGGACAGCCUACCAGAUUCUGAUCGAGCUGGCAGAGGCAGGGCACGAGUAUGUCAAAGCUCGAGGUGCACCUCAGGUAUGGAUCUCACUUUACAAUUUGUACCCCACAUUUCCAUUUCAAAUAUGUUCAUUCCUGAUAUUGAUCAGUCAAAUGCACUUGCAAGAACCUACGGAGUAUACAGAGAGCCUCCUCGAGCUAAUUGCCUCUCUGAUCGACAUGGUGCAGAGGAGAGAGACGGUGCUUGGUCUCCACGGUAUUCAGAUUCCAUCUAUACCGAGAGCACCAGUGGUAGCAACACCACUAGCAGUACCAGUAGCACCUUCUCUAAUAGCAAAGAGAAGUGAGAGGUAGGCCCCAGCACGUGGCCGAGAUGUGCGCCGUGGUCGAGGCAGGGAUAAGGGUACCUGAGGCCGGAGCAGUCUCUCAAAGCCCGUUUUGAACGAUGAUGAUGCUGAGACUAACGACUCUGAGGAGGCAACGAGUUGACAUUCUGAGUCAUCUAAGAGCGGAGAUGAUGAUGCUAGCUCAAGGUCUGGGAGCGGAGCUGACGACAAGUCGGGUUCUGAGGCAAGGAGUGGAGAUAAUACUGGCUCUGGUUCAGAGUCUGAUUCUGACAGCGGUGCUAAUGGAGACAGUGUCCCUAAGUCCCCUCCGAGGAAAAGGACAAAGAGGGCCUCUUGAGCUUGAGAUGACUGGCGUCGAUUUUUUUUUUGUACUUUUUGCGUAGUUUCUUUUUGUUUGGUAGCAUAGCACAUGUAUAGCU